UCUCUGUUACUCUUUUCAGUGUGCCCGACAGAUAUGAUCCUCAAUGAAACAUCAGGUUCUUUCUCCUCUCCCUUUUAUCCAAGAAACUAUCCAUUCAACCAGACAUGUAGCUGGAAGAUUAUAGGGAAACAAGGAUACCGUGUUGAGCUCACAAUACCAGACUAUAAUCUUCCACGUUGUGAUGGCGCUGAUUGCUCGUGUGAUUAUAUGGAAGUUCAGAACAGCUUCAGUGAUGAAGCGCUGCCUGGAAAACUAUGUGCUGCACCAACGUUAUUUCCUGUAAAAUUUUAUUCACUGCACGAAAGCUUGAGAGUGGUGUUUGUGUCCGAUGAUGCAGACAUGGAUUAUGAAGGAUUUGACGCAACUUACAAGCUGUUGAACUACAGUCCUCCAAUUUGUCCCAAUGAAGCAAUUCCUCUCUCAUGCAGUGGGAAAAUAAGCAGCACAAACUACCCAAAAAGUAACUACACUGCGUCCAGAAAUUGUACCUGGAACAUUACCGCGCCGGCUGACAAAAUUGUAAAGUUUACAUUUACAGACUUUGUCUUAAGCGAGUGUUCAGCCCAUCCUUGUUUGGAUUCUUGUUCUUAUGUGGAGCUUUAUGAUGGUGGGUCCACAACGUCUCGUUCGCUGGGGCGAUUUUGUCAGAGUUCGUCUUGGAAUGAGUCUAAGUUCUCGAGUGGAAAUCAAAUGUUUGUGAUGUUCCAUCCUGGA